AUGCCUUACACUCCGCCCUCCCAACGCUCUCCAGCAACCUCCAAACCCAACAGCCCUAUCCUCAGCCGCAAUCAUUCAUACGCAGACCAGUUUCCUCUCUCACAGGUUGGACCGAACAGGCCCGCGCUCCCUCGAUCCGUUUCCUCCACAUCGUACCUCAACAAGCAGCACCGCCGAUCAUCCUCAGUGACGACGACCGCGAACAACACCGCUGCAAAUGGAGCACUCCCUGUGUCGAGCAGUGCGAGCCACGGCCCGUCUGUAAAUGGUAGCAUCCGCCAGUCUCCCACUCCUGUGAACCAUCUGUUGAUUCCGUCAGGUGCCAUCACAACGCCUCCUGACUCCUCAGACGACGAUGAAGAACAACGGGGGCGCAGCAUAGGGAACCUGAAAGAGCUUCACGAAGCACUGCAGAACAUUCACAUCGCCCCAGUCGAGAGGGGACAUUCGCCAGUCCGCAAAGGCACCACCGAGACCUCUACCAAGCCGGUCGAGGCUCCCAAGCCUGCUGCUGUGAGGUCACUCUCCGCCGAGGCUCGCAAGAUUGCACACUCCCGGUCAUCAAGUGACAUGAACUUGAGCAAGCACAAUGUCGACCUCUCCUCCGAGAAUGUAUUCAGCUCAUCAGAUGGCAGCGAUGCCGAAGAUGAUGAGCUGCGGAUAAAACCGCCUCUGCUCCGUAAGAAAUCCGGUGAGCUCGUGAAGCCUGCACUCCGACCCGCAUCGCGACGCAGGCCUUCGAGCAUGCCAGGAACUCCUACCUACGCCAAGGCAGUCCACUUCAACGAGGAUAUCGAGCAGGUGCGCCACUUCUUGCAGGUCGACCGCCCCAUCGCAGUCAGUGCCGGCUCUUCGCCAGUAGAGACAUACGAUAGCGAGGCUGAGUAUCCCUUCGGUUACGAUGAUGGAUACCGGUCGACCGUGCCUGAAUUCGACAUCAAACUGGCCAACUUCCCCUCGGAAACCUUCGAGAGGAAGACUCUGCCUGUCCGUGUCGAGCGCAUCUUCAUGUCCUCCGAUCACAAGACAUUGGUGGGAACGGUUGCCGUCGCCAACAUUGCUUUCCAGAAACUUGUCGUGGCUCGAUUCACCUUGGACUACUGGAAGACCACGUCCGAGGUUGUAUGCGAGUACAAUCACGAUAUUCGCAAGAAGCAACUCAACGACGGUUACGAUCGUUUCAAUUUCAACAUUAAAUUGUCUGAUCAAGCUAACCUUGCCUCCAAGACACUGCUACUCUGCGUCCGUUACCAAGUCGAUGGACAGGAAUUCUGGGAUAACAACAACUCGAUGAACUAUCAGGUUGAUUUUAUCAAGAAGGCCAAGCAGCCCAAGCAGAGAAAGUCAAAGGGCAAUGGUGCUGGAUUCCUCAAUGCCAUCCCCCGCAGCCGUCACUCGCCUCCUGCCCCCCGCCCCAAGUCUAUGCCUGUCGGGUCAUUCGAUGAUGACUUCGGCCAUGGUUUCGAUUCCAAAUUCGAAUUCGGCGCCAACGCCGGCUCCAUCGGCGACUCGCCCAGCUCUUCAAUCCGCCUGAAGCCCAAGAACAAGCGUGGAAGUCUCUUCCCGGACCAAGCCACCCGCCGGAAUCCCACUGGCCAGGCUUUCUCCUCUCGCUAUGAUUUCGGUGCUUCCCUAACGGCGGCUUUGUCGACUGCUCAGAGUGCCCUUGGAGAUCGAAGUGGAAUCAAACAAACUGCCACCCGCCGUCCUACUGGAUACUUUGACAACUCGACUGCGGCAACCCUCCCUCCCGUUCCUGGCACCCGACAAGCGGCCAACCCAUCCUCGGACAAGCCUGGCCUUCAGUCGGCAGAAUACAAUGAGUUGAUUCAGAAGUUUUGUUUCUUCGGCACACCCACUGGCAAAGGCUCUCCACAAGCAUCUACGCCUGUUGUGCAAAAUUCGCACACCGAUGGAGCAUCCGACUAUAUUCUGAACAGCAACUCCAGCACACCCCAAUCGUCUGCGUCGAACAGCCCUCCUUCUCCUGUCAUGCCCGUUUCCAUGGACGGUGCCAAUGACUUGCGAUCGCUCUCGCGCAGUCCGAAUCAUUUUUUGUCGAGGUCAGCGUCUCCAGGGCCGGUCACCGGAUCAACCCCUGAAGACCACAUGACCUCGCAUCAAUUCCAGUAUGGCUUUGGCAAGCACGGCGGUAUCUUCCCUGAGUCCAACCACGCCCCACAGGCUUGUGUAUAG